UCAGCUGCAGAUUGACUCAGUGAGCGUCCGUCACUCGCGCGGUGUACAUCACAAACAUACUCGACAAGUAUAUCGAACAAACACUGCUCGACUAAAAAUGUCUCACAGUGAAGAUGUCCAGAGAUGGAUAAAAAAUGUGAUGUCAAAAAUUAUGGAGAGUUUCGGGCCAAACAUCGAUGAAGCUCGAUACGAGAUAACCAAGCCAGACGGCGAACUUUAUAUGUCCACUAUGUAUUACGCGUGCGUGAAGUUUAAAAAUAGAAUGACGAGUCAGAAUGAAGAAUGGUACAUGAUACUGAAGAGACCUAUACAGGAGGAGCAACAGAGACAAAGAACCAACUGUGACUUACAAUUUCGUAACGAAAUUUUGUUUUAUCGUACGUAUGCCCAACCGGAUGAGAACUUUCCGAGAUGUUUCUACGCUGACGAAAGGCCACCCACUGACUCGAUAAUCGCUUUGGAAAACCUCAAUAAACGAGGAUAUUGUCUUUGUCCAUGCAAGACCGAUGUUCCUAUGGAGUACACGUUGGCAGCUGUGCGCGAAUUGGGACGAUUCCACGGCAAAGGAUACGUCAUGAAGGAACUACAAAAGGACAAAUUUUUUGAUAUCAUGAAACAGUUUCAAGAAGCUAGGUUUGGCAAGACAAAUGAAGAGUUUAGGUUACUUGUUAAUUCUCAGGCAACGCGAGUAGUGGAAUAUCUUCGCAAUCAUGGUUAUGAUGUAACUUUCUGCGACAAAAUAGAAGCUGUUCUCUUGAAUGCAUUCGACAGAGUGAUGUUGGAGACGAUUAAACCGCUAGAGCCUUUAGCCACACUGUGUCACGGUGAUUUUACAUUGAAUAACAUUCUUUUCAAGAAGGAAGAUGAUGGACAACAACAUGCGAUGCUAAUCGACUUUGCACUUAUUGGAUACUUAAAUCCUGUUGUCGACCUUUCUACAUAUCUUUGUUUGUGUUUUUCCAAUGAAAUAAAAAACAAGUUCUCUGAGAUAAUGCAAACUUAUCACAAUGCUUUGAAAGAGUAUUUAGAGAAGGCUGGCGUUUGGGAUGUCAAAAAAUACUCAUACAACGCUUUAUUGGAUGAUUACAAGAGGGGUGCUCUUUUCGGUUUUGUUAUCGCAUCUUUCUUCUUGGCAAAAGAAUUGGGAUACUACGAAAUAGAACAAGUGAUAUACUUGGAAACAACGGAAUUUCAUAAAUUUAUCAAAUAUCAAGGCGGAGAUGAAGUAUCUAAGAUAUUAGCUGAUAUGUUGCUGCAUUUGAAAGAUGUUGGUUGUUUGGAACAUUUUUUAUAAUCUAUUCUAGAAUAUACGAUACACCUAUCCAGCGAGAAAUGAUAAUGGAAUCGACAUCCAAUCGAUGAUUUCGACAUCGAUUCGACAUACAUGAUAUUUAAGUUAAGAGUACUAUUUUGGCUUUAUGACUGUGUUUCAAGUCCGAUGAAUAUGCGGCGCAUAGUAAAAUGUAAAAAUUAAAAAUUAUUAUUUGGCAACAAGAACUGUUGUGAUUGACAUAGGCCUUUUAUUCUUGCAUUUUGAUAUUUAUGUAUACGUGAUACGCACAAUAAUUAGACAAAACUACACAAAAUUUUUUGGAAAUAAACUGGAACCAGAAUAGACAUUUCUUAUAAAUUUUGAUGUAUCAAAUCCGAAUCGGUAAAUAAAAAUGCUUCAUCACGUCACGUUUUUGACAAUUUUUGAAAAUUCGUAAACGACGGGUGCUGGAAACUUUGAAAUUGACAAAUUAAAGUUAGAACAUUUUAAUUUAAAAUAAAAAUACCGAAUCUUUUACCGUAAGAUUCGGAUUUAGCGAGAUCUAUAAAAAACACUUUGGUUCCAGUUAAUUUCUAAAAAAAUUUUUGUUGCUUAUUAUUAUUAAUGUUGUAUCAAUAUAUUGCAGUAAUUAGAGUACAUGAUUAUAUAAAUUUAAAAAAAUUUCCAAGUACACAAAUAUGAUCCAGAUAUAUGUAAUGUGUGAAAAGAAAGAAUAAAUCGUGACUACAAUAGCAUAUGUAUAUUGCAUACUAGGUAUACUCUAAUUCUAGUAAUUAUAUGUAGGAGAUUAGACUUCUGCUUGUGCCAGCGUGUUCUUCGCGAGGCCUAUUAUGAGUAUUAUUUGUAAACUAGGAUAACGGUGACGAAAGACCAAGAAGGUCAGGAGAGUGAACGGUGAGCGAGCAGAAUGUAUCGAGACACCGAACAAAUACACAUUGUGAGAACAAGUCGAAAUUUGUCGAAUGUACCCGCGCUUCCAAACUUCUUUUUGUAAUUUUAUUCUCUUCAAAAUAAAUUUUUAA